GCCAGUGCUGACAUCCACACUCAGGACCUGGUCUUGAACAGCAAACCGGACUCCCCACCCCUGACACCAUGUGCCAUUACAGCGACCACUACGGCGGCCUGGGCUACGGCUGCGGAGGCUUUGGCGGCCUGGGCUUUGGCCGUGGCUGUGGAUGCGGCAGCUUCCGCAGGCUGGGCUUCGGCUCUGGCUUUGGAGGCUACGGAUGUGGCACUGGUUUCAGAAGCUUUGGCUCUGGCUGUUGUCACCGUCCACUGUUCUUUAGAAGAUGUGGUUUCUCCAGCUUCUACUAAACUCUGGCUCUAGUAACCCAACAUCUGCUACCAUGAGUGGAUUUGACAUAACGUUAUUCAAUCGAUGAAUUGAGAUUACCCUAGGCUUACAUAGCAUGUAAAACUUAAGCAUUUCAGAGAAUUUAUUAUUUAGAAGUAUAUCUGUCUCAUGUCUCCUGGCAUUUGUUAGCUUGGGCACUACCAGAUGACUUCUGCUGACGAUCAAUAAAUGAUAAAAUUGGAAAUGAAAAACAUGGUUCUUUAUGGUUCAUUUAACUCAGCUAUGUGUACAUACCUAAUGUGUAAUUUUUCUAAUAGUCAAUUAUAAAUAUAAGGAUUAUCUCUGUUAAUUUUUAAUGAAAAUAAGUCAUCUUAGAUAUACCUAUUUAUAACUGGUAGUCAUCCAUAUUUUUAAAAUAUAUGUAAAACAAUAUAUCCAUAUUAUUAAAACAUUUCUUUCUCUCAAAAGAAAUAU